CCUUCAGAUUUGUCCUCAGUCUGUGGCUCCGGACUAACUCAGAAAAGUGAUUUAGAAUCAUCAACAGCUCUUCUGAGGGUGAUCCGUGAUGCUUCAUUGGCUCUGCCGCGGCACCCCAGAAUACAUCGUUCUGUGAUUUUCACAGAUCCUAAGAAUGUCCUGCUGGAAUUUGGAGCUGGACCUCAAUGCUCAGAUCAAUCAAAAUGGAAAGUACUGGAUUUUACUCCUCUCCAAGAAGAGUCCGUGGGACUGGUUAAGGUCAAAAUCUAAGGAUUUUACCAGCUGUCAUCAGUCCCCUUUUGCUUUCUUUUUCGACCACAUGAAACUUGAGAAGCCAUCUAAAGCUAAAUCAUUUAGUGGAGUUGAGAGCAAUUCCCAAGUGUCCAACAAGAAGGCCUGGUUUAGGCUGCGAUGGCCACUGUCAUUCCUGGUGAUUUGUCAGAAGCAUAUGGCUACUCAUUCUCCUGAGAAAACCCACAAGUGUAAUUAUUGUGAGAAAAUGUUUCACCGAAAAGAUCACCUAAAGAAUCACCUCCAUACACACAACCCCAACAAAGAGGCCUUUAAGUGUGAAGAAUGUGGAAAGAACUACAACACCAAGCUGGGGUUUAAACGUCACCUGGCCUUGCACGCCGCAACAAGCGGUGACCUCACCUGCAAGGUAUGUUUGCAGACUUUUGAAAGCACAGGGGUGCUCCUGGAGCACCUAAAGACUCACGCAGGCAAGUCGUCGGGUGGGGUAAAGGAGAAGAAGCACCAGUGUGAACACUGCGACCGUCGGUUCUACACCCGCAAGGAUGUCCGCAGGCAUAUGGUAGUGCACACUGGAAGGAAGGACUUCCUCUGUCAGUACUGUGCACAGAGAUUUGGACGGAAGGAUCACUUAACCCGUCACAUGAAAAAGAGUCACAACCAAGAACUUUUGAAGGUGAAAACCGAACCCAUGGACCUUCUGGAUCCCUUUACCUGCAACGUUUCUGUGCCUAUAAAAGACGAGCUGCUCCCGGUGAUGUCUUUACCUUCCAGCGAACUGACAUCAAAGCCAUUUACAAACACUUUGCAGUUGAACCUCUACAAUUCUCAAAUUCAGUCGAUGCAGGCUUCCGGACCCGCGCACCCGAUGGUCGGCCCGUCGUUACCCUUGGGAAUGCCGUGUCCGUUAGAUAUGGACUCCGUCCAUCCUGCUCACCAGCUGUCUUUGAAAUACCCACUCACUUCUACCUCAUACGCAGUUUCUAUGCCGGAAAAAGAACAGCCGUUGAAGGGGGAGAUCGAGAGUUACCUAAUGGAGUUGCAAGGCGGGAUGCCGUCUUCCUCGCAGGAUACUCAAGCGUCCUCCUCGAAACUAGGGUUGGAGCCUCAAGUGGGGCCGCUAGAUGCUGGAUCUGGGGAAGGGCCCCUCUCCAAAGGCUCCGUUUCCAUUAGCGAACCUCUGAACGCACCGCCUCUGGACUUCUGUCAGUUGUUCAAUUUCAUACCGGUCAAUGGCCCGCCCUAUAAUCCUUCUGUAUCGGUGGGAAGCCUGGGAAUGAGCUACUCGCCAGAGGAGGCACAUUCUUCGCUGGCUCAACUUCCACCACCGACGCAGGAUCCUCAAGAUCCUGGGAACAGUAUAGGCCUUGGGUCUCUGCACUCGCUGUCAGCGGCGUUCACCAGUAGUCUAAGCACAACCACCACCCUGCCCCGUUUCCAUCAGGCUUUCCAGUAGGAUACAGGAGCCGACUUAAUGCCAGACGUAUCCGUAGAAAUGCCUUAGAUGAAUGACCGUGUUGCAUUUAGUGCCUACUAUAAGUCACGAAAUCCGCUUUUCUCUUGUCCCAGUCUCAUCAAGCCAGUAAGAAGGGGAAACUAACUUUUUCAGUGAGCUUCGGAACCAUUUGUUCUCCAGUGUUUACCUUGGUUUAGGCCUCCAAGAGUUCUGUCUUCUUUUCACUGCCAUUUGACGUACCUUUUGGAAAAAAUGGAUAAAGGAAAGCCACCACGGCUAAAUUUUGUAAACUCUUAUUCCACGUUAAAACAUCUUGAAAGGUCGGCCUUUCGUAUGUUUGGGUUUUUUUUUCCCGUCAGAUAAUAGCUCUGCCUGUCACUGUUUUGAACAAUUAAAACUGUCUGUACAUGAACAUUCAUUUUACAAAAGGAAUUCACACUAUUGCCUACAUCAGUCGAGUAGGAUCUGAUUAGACGCCCCAUCCGAUUGAUAAUCUCAAGUGAAUUAAAACUGCUAAACUUUCCGGUUGAAAACAUUUAGCCCGUUAUUUCAGGUCAGCGUGUUUUGAAGAUUUGCCAUUCUCUCUGGCUAACAUGGUUGCAGUCUGUAUUAAGGUCACCCGAGAAGCUACUUAAACGCAAAGCAACAAUAUUUGGAGGGGAGAGAAAAGAGCCUUUUUGUAGACAGUAACUAUUCCAUUUUUAACACCGAAACGGCUUUAUGUUUUUCUGGCACAUUCUGGGGGAGAAUAGACAUCGUUGAUGUUUGACUUGGAAAAACAUAAAAAAUAGCAUGCGUUAGUAACGCGGAAUAUCCCCUGACAGUUUUUUGGGUUUUGGUUUGGGUUUUUUUUUUUUUUUUUGGCUUUUAACGCGCUGUCUUUCAUUGUAGUAGUGUAGAAAGUGUAUGGCGUUAAGUGUCUUCAGAGUCGAUAUUCACAUGUGUAGGCAUCAGGCCUUCGCAGCUGUCACUGCCAAAGGGUGGGUCAGGUCCAGCCAGAAGUCUGCGAUCGAUUGUCGUCCAACGUUAGCCAGCAGUCAGGGAGCCAGUGUAAAUUUGCAAGUGUUAGGUGUGUUUAAACUGGAGCUGAUCUUCUCAGCUUAUACGGUGUGAUAUCCUCCUGAGCAAUAAAAUAGACAUUAAUCACACCUACUUCACCUGGGUACUUGGUUAGGGAUCAUUUUCCCCGUUUGCCAAGGUUUAAAAAAGGACUCUUAGGAGUGAAGUAAAAGCAUAUUGCUUACACCACUUUUUACCUAUUUACAAUAUUCCAAUUGCAUCCCCAGCCUGAAGAGCCAA